CAUGCACAUAGCGGACAAGGAUGUCGCAAAUCAGCGCUCGAGCGCUUACAGACUUCGACUUUGGAUUCAUGAGCCAGAGCGCGUGCUGCUCACUUCCCACUCUGCUCCGAGCGAUAGAGUCAAAACAUUGCACGGCUAAGUCAUACCAUGUCGGAUACCCACGCUGCCCAUUUCAGCAUCAACAACAUACCCUACGGGAUCGCGAGCUCAAUCAAGCGACCAAUACCACAGGCAGUCACCCGAAUAGGCGACAAUGUCAUAUUCCUGGCCGAACUCGUCAAUAAAAAGCCCUUCGCCAACAUUGACAUGACGGCAUUACCUUCCAUUUUACAGGGCUCCUCGCUCAACGCUUUUGCUGCACUAUCUAAGGGCAUCCACGCUCAGGUCCGGUCCGCAAUCCAAGCUACGUACAGAAGCAAACUGCAUCAUGAAAGCGCAGAGCACAUCAAGGAUGUAAGAAUGCAUCUCCCAGUUGUAAUCGGCGACUUCACAGACUUCUCCGUCUCUGCAUACCACGUGCAAAACGCUCCCGAGGCACUCUUCGGGGUUCGCUCCCUGCCAGCUUGCUGGAACAACUUUCCCAUGGGAUACGCCGGCCGAUGUUCUUCCAUAUACAUCUCCGACACUCCCGUUUCGCGUCCCCUCGGCCAAUACCUUGAGGAUCCUGCUGCGAAAGAGAAGAAGGUCAUAUUCGGCCCGUCUCGCAGCCUAGACUACGAAUUCGAACUAGGCGCUAUUGUGGGCCGUCCAGUAGCAGCCGGUACAGGCGUCUACGCAAAAGACAUGGACGAGCACAUUUUCGGUAUCGUGCUUGUCAACGACUGGAGUGCGCGUGAUAUACAAGGGUGCGAAAUGAGAGAUCCGCUAGGCCCGUUGAAUGGCAAAAAUUUUGCAACCACCGUCUCUCCCUGGGUCGUUACGUUGGACGCCUUGAGGCCCUUUGAAGUCUCCGCAGCACCGCACACGCAGCCCGUCGUUGACUUCUUGGAAGAUCCGAAGAGCAUCACGUACGACAUCACCUUUCGAGGGGAGAUUGUCCGUAGCGGUGUCUCAACCGAAGUGUGCAGAGUCGGCUUCAGUCACAUGUACUGGACGUUUAGGCAAAUGCUGGCUCAUAAUUCUAUUGGCGGGUGCCCACUGAAUACAGGAGAUCUUCUGGCGUCUGGAACAGUGUCUGGUUCCGAGAAGUCGCAGCUUGCUUGCUUGAUGGAACUUACGAUGAACGGAAAACAGCCGGCUACACUGAGCGACGGGUCUGCGCUGAGAUAUUUGGAGGAUGGUGACAUUGUUCGAUUCACGGCUGUAGCUGGGGAUGCGAGUGCAGGUGUGGGCUUUGGAGAGUGUGUGGGCACCAUUAAGCCCGCUCCUAGGAUGUGAAUAGUUA